GCUAGGCUAACUCUCGCGAGGUUUUCAGCGCGCAACUUUAUCGAGCGCCGCGGACGUAGACAUGGCGCGUGCGCGUGCGCACGGCGCAGGUUUGUACGGAGGUCUUAUUUCACGUAGCAAAAACCGUUGUGCUCAGUCCAUAAAUUACUCUGGACGGACACCCGUGACGUCAUUCCUGGGAAGGUGAACUGAAGGGAGAUUUCUGCCCUCCAAGAGCAGCUGCUGAGCUCGGAGGCCACAGUUCGAAGCCUGCAGGCUGCAGUGGACCAGAGGGACCAGAUGAUCCGGCAGCUACAGCCUCGGGCUGACCUGUUGCAGGACAUCACUCGCCAGCGACCACCCCUAGCCGCACUGCUGGCCACCCUGGAUCAGGCAGAGGAACUGGGCCCCUUGCCAACCAGCCACAGCCAUGGGGCCCAUCUACUUCCUGAUGGGCCUGGCCCACCCCUGGGCAACAACAUGGGGGAGGAGGAGGGCCAGGACGACCAGCAGUCUGCUGUGUUUGGGACCACAGUGUGAGCUGCCUGGACAGAUCUCAGAAUGUGUGGCCAAGGCCCCUUGGUGAUUCCACUCUUAAAGUCCUGGACAUCACCAGUGUCCUAGAGGGGUCUUGAGACAUUACCAGGAUCCUAGCUAAACAUCAAAACAAGGGAAAAGUCAAGAUCUCAUUGAAAAAACAAUUUUUCCCCCACUGCUGGAGUGUCUGCUACAUUCCACUGAUUUUAAAUCUAAAACAAACGAAGGCAAGGGUGGUAGCUCAGUGGGUGGAACAUUCUCCACCAUGCGUGCCCAAAGCUGGACAUCCCAGCAUCAGUGAGAUGAUGGGGACUGACCCCUCAUCUCCAGGUCUGACUCUGAAGUCGUGGUGUUUCCUGUUUGGUGCUUCCUGUCUCAGGAGUGUGGCAUGGAUCUCUGCUAAGUUGACAGGCUCUCACCACAGGUCCUACCUGUGGGGAGUUUCUUUGCUUGAGAUGGGGUCUCUCUCUCCAUAACCCAGGCUUCCCUGAAUCCUUCCAAGUACUUUGAAUAUAAAUGUGAGCCACCAUGCCCUGCCGCUGGGAGUCUUCCAUCCCUUUCAGUUCACUCUUGUGCCUCCUGAACCAUUCUUCAUCUCAAGUGGAAUCUCCUCUUUGUUUUAUGUUCUGUUGCUUCUGUGUAAGAAGACAAAUCAUUAACUUUGGCUCUCUUUCCCAUAGCUCUACCCUUCCUACUAGGAAGAACAGGUGGGUUGAGACACCACAACCAAGAGUGCCUCAGCCUUUGCGCUGUCUGUUCCCUCUCCCUCAAUGUCUUUCCCUGGUUCCACACUUGGUUCCUUGACACUCAGGUCUCUCUCAAAUGCCCCCUUCUGGAGAGGCCUUCCCACUGGCAUCUCUGAAGUAAGUCCUGCCAGCUGGUCACUGCCUUGUACUGUGUUUGGCUUUGUUGAAGCUUAGUCUUGUGCAGCCUGUGCUGACCUCUAAACCUUAUAGCUUAGGCUGGCUUUGAACUUUCGAUCCUCCUGCUUCAGCAUCUCCAGUAUGACAGGCUUGUACAACCACCCACAGGCCCAUCCUGGGACCACCUUUCCAGUGGGAAGGCAGUGGCUGUGAAGCAGGGAAUUGUGUCUUCUGUCUCCAUCAGUGCCUAGCAUAGCCCGGGAGGCCUUAGCCAGGAGCCUCCUAGAAAGCUGAUAAGCCCUUUCCUGGUUCCUAGGGACAACAGUGUUUUUGUAGCAAGUCUCUUUUCGGUACCCUAAGAGAAUCUAUUUUUUAAGUCCUGGUUUCUAUGCUGUCUAGGGCCUAGAUCACGGUGAGGGUACAUUGCCUUUGAAGGGUCCCCACAAACCCUUGCAUCUAGAGGUGGUGUCUGUUGAGUUUUGUCCUGUGCUCAGGGAAAUUGUCCUUAAGCAGCCACCAAGAUAGAAGGUAGUGGCUGUCCCAAUCAGAAGGGCUUCCAGCCAUCCAGUCUGCCCAGAGUCUCAGCAUGGGAGACAAGCUCACUUUUUCUUGGGGAUGGAGAACGGAGCUAUUUGUAUAGGAGAAGGCAGGCUAGUAGGGCCUGUCUGCACCAGAAUAAACCGGAUGUUUCUCA